AUGUGGAAACCCAUGCCAAGCCUAAUUUUAAUUCCAAUUCUGAUUUCCCUGUGCCCUGGGAGCUGCCUGGGAGCCUACUUCAAGUUCACCAACGUAGAGUGCAAGGGUCUGGAUCCAAAAUUCGUAGAGUUCAAGGAAUGCUACCUCAAAAUGGUGCGCCGCAAUGUGGUCGGCAUGAACUUCCAUUUGGCGGUGAAGACUGACAGGCCCGUCGACAAGAUCGAGUUCAAUCUGUGCAUAUUCCGCAAGUCGAAUGUCUAUAGGCUCUUCAUGGUCAAUCAUACCCUGGACUUUUGCUACUACAUGAAGAAGCCACAACAGUAUCCCCUGUUCUACAUAUUCCACGACUCUCUGAUGAGCGCCACAAAUGCCAAUCACACCUGUCCCUAUCAGGAAAAGGAUAUCUUUCUGAAACAGAUGACGCUCAGUGAGAAGGCCGUCCGGGACCUGCCACUGCCCAAUGGGGAAUACAAACUGACGGUGACUGUGGGCGCUUAUAAGGUCUGGCGCUUGCAGGUCAGCGUUUAUGGUGUGCGUGGAUAG